AUGUCAGGGCUGAACUCUGACUGGCCCCACGAGGGGGAGAGCCUCAGCCCUCAGGAGCCAGGUCCAUCCGCCAACUCAGACAGUGACCCAGGCCACUUGCCAGAGGAGCACCCUGAGGAGACUUCUGCUCAGGAUCCUAAAGUUCUGAGCUUGGGGCUCCCUGGCCUGGACACCAGCGGGGCCUCCAACUGGCCUGGGCUUCGGAUCCUCCUGCAGCAGCUGCCUCCGCAGGACAGUGAUGAGCGCUACUGCCUGGCCCUUGGGGAGGAUGAGCUGGCCGAGCUUCGGCUCUUCUGUGCCCAGCGGAGGCGGGAGGCCCUGGGACAGGGGGUGGCCUGCCUGGUACCUCCCAAGCUGGCAGAACACACCUGUGAGAAGUGCAGGGAGCCGCUGAGGCCAGGGGAGUACGGAGUGUGCGCAGCCCCGGCCGGAGAAACGCGCGGCUGGCACCCGGCGUGCUUUGCCUGCCAGGCCUGCGGCCAGGCCCUGCUACACCUCAUCUACUUCUCCCACGACGGGCGUCUCUACUGCGGCCGUCAUCAUGCAGAGCUGCUGCGGCCGCGCUGCCCGGCUUGCGACCAGCUGAUCUUCUCCCGGCGCUGCACCGAGGCGGAGGGACGGCGCUGGCACGAGAACCACUUCUGCUGCCAGGACUGCGCCGGGCCCUUGGGCGGGGGACGUUAUGCCUUGCCGGGGGGCCGCCCCUGCUGCCCCCGCUGCUUUGAGAGUCGCUAUUCGAAUGCCGGCUCGAGCCAGGCCCCGACACUGGAAGGGAGGGCGCCGCUUGGGAAGGCGAGACUCGACAGAGUUGAAGAGGGAGACUGCGUCCCGCUGGACGCCGCUACCAUCUCCCGGGCAGCCCUUCUCGCCGCUGCCUCCCGCUCCAGUCCGGAAACCCAGAGAGGGCGGCUUCGAUCCAGUCCGGAGCAGGAGGGUCGAGCUGGGGACGAGGCGGAGGUACCCACCAAAGGGCGGGAGCGGGGCCGCCUGGAGACGCCCCUCGAUGCCAAGGAGGACGCCCCCUGCCCCACCUGCUCCUCUUCUUCUGACUCGGAACCCGAAGGCUUUUUCUUAGGUCAGCGCCUUCCCGGUCCCUGGAAGACCCCCGGAAGCCUCCAGGCUGGGCACAGCGACACCUCCAGGAAGCACUGCACCAUUUGCUAA